UCAGAGCAGCAUGCGCUGCCUGGUGCUCGACUUCUGAAACGCGAUUGGGAGAAAGACCACGUCUAUCUGGUUCAGUUUCCACGUGCCGGUUGCAUACCAACCCCGUCUCCGUUUGCACUCAAAGUCGAAACAUGGUUACGAAUGGCCGACGUUCCAUACACGAAUAUCAGCAAUGAGUUCACCAAGAUGUCAAACAAGGGUCAGAUUCCAUUCGUGGAGGUGAACGGUAGACAAGUGGCCGACAGCAACUUCAUUAUCGAUCAUCUCAUUGAGGAAUUCCACAAGAAGAACAUCGACGAUCGCCUGACACCGAUGGAAAAAUCAUAUGCGAGAGCUUAUCACGCUCUGAUUGAGGAUAGUCUGCGUUGGGUGCUAAUCUAUCAACGUGGCCGUGACAAUAAGUGGUUUGCCACUGAAAAGGGUUUCUUGCCAUACUUCAAUGGAAUCAAGAAAUUCGCCUUCAAAAAUAUCAUGUGCGAACGACUACGGAAACGAAUUAUGUCCCAGGCGACGGCGCAAGGAAUGGGGCGCAAUACUCCCGAAGAAGUGGUGAUACUGGCGAAAAAAGAUCUCGAUGCAAUGAGCAUGUUCCUUGGCAAUAAGAAGUACUUUUUCGGCGACAAACCAGCCACGCUCGAUUGUACAAUGUUUGCGCACUUGGCACAAUUUCUCUACACACCACUUGUUACGCCCGAAAUCAAAACGUAUAUGGAACAGAGCACUCCAAAUUUGGUGGCAUUCGUUAACCGAAUGAAAGAAACAUAUUGGCCGGAUUGGGACGAAGCGACGAACACUCGUAGUCUCAGCACUAAAUGGAAGCAGUGA